AUGUUCAUAAGGAAGAAGGAGACGCGAGGCCGGCAAAAGAUCGCCAUCAAGAUGAUCGACAACCACGCCAGCCGGCAAGUGACGUUCUCGAAACGCCGGUCCGGAAUCUUCAAGAAGGCCGGCGAGCUCUCGGUCCUCUGCGGUGCCCAGGUGGCGGUCGUCGUGUUUUCCCCGAAGGGAAAAGUCUUCACCUUCGGCCACCCCAGCUUCGACGAUGUAGUGCGGCGGUUCCAAACCGCCACCGAAGCGCUGCGGGUGCCGCAGCCGUCGCAUCCGGCGGUGCAGGAGAUUAAUGUUCUGGAGGAGGAGAGGAAGAGGCUCCUGGAGAACAAAGAUGGGAGUAAAGGCAAUGUGGCGGCGGCGCAAGAGAGCGGGAAUGUGCUUUGGUGGAAUAGAGAUAUUGAUGAAAUGGGGGGAGAAGAGCUGGUGGCUUACACGGCGGCGGUGGAAGCUUUGAAGGCCAAUGCUAUACUCAAGGCUAGGGAUAGGGUUAUUGCAGAAAGAUUGGAAAAUAUUGAGGUAGGCAAGGUUGGGUAUUCUGAUUUGUUGCUUCCUCGCAGUUCUGAUUUUUCAUUGGCAAAUUUCUAG